UUAGCGCUUUCUUCUGUUGUCUCUCGCCAACUCGCUGCCCAAAAAAUAUUUCUCACCUGCGCUUGCGCUAAAUGCUAAAUAAACCGACUUUUAGCCGUUAAACGCGAGUGCCUAAGCCAAACUAAACCCAAUCGGAGUGACUAGAAAGUGGAGUGCGAAGGCCCAGAAAAAUGAAAGCCGCGGAAAAACAGGGCUAGCAAACGCAGGCACCAGGCCACCAUUUUUAAUUUCUUUGUUUAUUUUGUGCCCAUCUUCGCGAGCGAAAGAGACAGAGCGAGAAAGACAGAGGAGGAGUUGGAUAUUGAAAUGGAAAUGGAGUGAGCGCAGGGACAACGGAUAGAUUCCAGCCAUGGCCAGCAGCGCUGGAAGUGCGGGAAGUAUUUCCGGAUCGGUGGUUUCCGGCGGAGGAGGCGGAUCCGCCGCCUCCAGCUGUGGGACCAUGGCCCUGUCCUCCGCCGGAUCCGGUGUUCCGCCCGUGAACCACGCCCACGCCGUCUGCGUGUGGGAGUACGAGUCGCGGGGCGGCAAGUGGUUGCCGUACUCCCCGGCCGUCUCGCAGCACCUGGAACGGGCCCACGCCAAGAAACUGACCCGUGUCAUGCUGAGCGAUGCGGACCCCAGCCUGGAGCAGUACUACGUCAACGUGCGCACCAUGACCCAGGAAUCGGAGGCAGAGUCGGCCGGGUCCGGACUCCUCACCAUCGGAGUGCGCCGGAUGUUCUACGCCCCCAGCUCGCCGGCGGGCAAGGGCACCAAGUGGGAGUGGUCCGGCGGCAGUGCCGACAGCAACAACGACUGGCGGCCCUACAACAUGCACGUCCAGUGCAUCAUCGAGGACGCCUGGGCGAGGGGCGAACAAACCUUGGACUUGUGUAAUUCCCACAUCGGCCUGCCCUACACCAUCAACUUUUGCAAUCUCACCCAGUUGCGUCAGCCCAGCGGUCCGAUGCGCAGCAUCCGGCGAACCCAGCAGGCGCCAUAUCCUUUGGUUAAACUCACGCCACAGCAGGCGAACCAACUCAAGUCGAAUUCCUCCAACGGGAGCACCCAAUAUAACACUCUUCCCAAACUGGGAGACACCAAGAGUCUGCACAGAGUACCAAUGAACCGGCAGCAACAUCCACUGCCCAAUAGCCAUCAACUGCAACAGCAGCAGCAGCAACAACAGCAGCAGCAACAUCAGCAGCAGCAGCAACAUCAGCAGCAGCAACAUCAUCACCAGCAGCAUCAGCAGCAGCAGCAGCAUCAUCAUCAGAUGCAGCACCAUCUAAACCACCACCAGACGGCGCCAAGGAAACCACCGAAAAAGCAUAGCGAGAUCUCCACCACCAAUCUGCGACAGAUACUGAACAACCUGAACAUCUUUAGCAGCAGUACGAAGCACACGAACAUGGCGACGGCGGCCAGUGCCAGUUCGUCCUCCUCAUCGGCCUCCUUGCACCACGCCAAUCACCUGUCGCACGCCCACUUCUCCCACGCCAAGAACAUGCUGACUGCCUCGAUGAACAGCCACCACAGCCGCUGUUCGGAGGGAUCGUUGCAGUCGCAGAGGAGCAGCCGGAUGGGCUCGCAUCGCUCGAGAUCGAGGACGCGUGCCUCGGACACGGACACGAAUAGCGUGAAGUCGCAUCGCCGGAGACCCAGCGUGGACACCGUGUCCACCUACCUCAGCCACGAGAGCAAGGAGAGCCUGCGCAGCAGGAACUUUGCCAUUUCGGUGAACGACCUGCUCGACUGUUCGCUGGGCAGCGACGAGGUGUUUGUGCCCUCGCUGCCGCCCUCGUCGCUGGGAGAACGGGCGCCGGUGCCGCCGCCUCUGCCACUGCAUCCGCGACAGCAGCAGCAGCAGCAACAACAGCAGCAACAGCUGCAGAUGCAACAGCAGCAGGCGCAACAGCAGCAGCAGCAGCAGCAAUCAAUCGCCGGUUCGAUUGUGGGCGUGGACCCGGCCAGCGACAUGAUUUCGCGAUUCGUCAAGGUGGUGGAGCCACCGCUGUGGCCCAAUGCCCAGCCGUGCCCCAUGUGCAUGGAGGAGCUGGUGCACUCCGCCCAGAAUCCGGCCAUCUCGCUGAGUCGCUGCCAGCACCUGAUGCAUUUGCAGUGCCUCAACGGGAUGAUAAUUUCCCAGCAGAAUGAAAUGAACAAGAACCUGUUCAUCGAGUGCCCCGUGUGCGGAAUAGUUUACGGCGAGAAGGUGGGCAACCAGCCCAUCGGCAGCAUGUCCUGGAGCAUUAUCAGCAAGAAUCUGCCGGGACACGAGGGCCAGAACACCAUACAGAUCGUUUACGACAUUGCAUCGGGCCUGCAGACGGAGGAGCAUCCGCAUCCGGGACGAGCGUUCUUCGCCGUGGGAUUUCCACGCAUCUGCUACUUGCCGGACUGCCCGCUGGGGCGAAAGGUGCUGCGCUUUUUGAAGAUCGCCUUCGAUCGGCGGCUGUUGUUCUCCAUCGGACGAUCGGUGACCACUGGGCGCGAGGAUGUGGUGAUCUGGAACAGCGUGGAUCACAAGACGCAGUUCAACAUGUUCCCGGACCCCACCUAUCUGCAGCGCACCAUGCAGCAGCUGGUGCACCUGGGCGUGACGGAUUAGUGGAUCCUCCUUCCCAAAAGAACCAACCACAACCACCCACCCACCGAAGUCCCUGAACAGAAUAGGAAACCCUCACCUCGACCACUCUCUUCCAUUCGUUGAUAAGUUACUUCCUACAUAAUCUCAGUGUGUGUGCAAUCCUCGUUUACUAUGAUAUAUUUUUUUUAUAGAUAUAUUGUAAUAGCGUUCGAGCUGCUCGAACCCUAAACAACAAACAGCAAACCACAAUUGCAAUUGUAGCUUCCUUUCCGCUCUUCCAAUUCGUAUUUGUACGCACUUAGCCAAUAAGGACUCAUAUGAAUCAUAUGUAUUAGCUAGACUAGUUUAGUGUUUAGUGUUACGUUUAGUUCCCAAGACACCUAAUAGUAUUAGGCAUUAUCCUGAUUUCAGAUUCAGAUUUCAAUUCAAGCCACGUCACGCCAUCCCUCAAGCAUUCGAGUGUAAGCUGUGCCAAAAUCGUAGUGCUCCCACGUAGGAUAUGUAAAUUGUUGAUAUAGAUAGCAUGUACAACCGUCGCCCAUCCCUCCGUCUCUCUCGAUUUCGAAUUUUUCAACUUUUUUUUUAUCAGCUCUGUGCGUAAAAUUGCUAUAGGAUUAGAUUAAUCGUAUUAAAAGAGAGAUGACUGGCGAUGGGCGGACUCGAUAGACUUGUCUCACUCGUCUUGGCCAUUUAAUCUCUUCCAUUCAGCGAAUUUGAUGUGAUUUUAAUUUGAAUUAUUGAUUAAUAAACAGAGGGAGCUUAGUUGUAAAUCGACAAGAUAUUCCAUUAUAUAUUAUAUAUAAACAAAAGGCAUACAUUUAUCAUACCGCAUACCACAUACCGCAUACAAUUAUUUUUUUAAUCGAAUCUUUUGCACACAUUUGAUGAAUUGUUGCUUUCAUAUUGAUAUCAUCGAACAUCGCCAAUAUAUAUAUACAUAUAGCCUAUAUAGCAUAUAGUUUUUAGACAGAUCGUACGAACAGUAGCCGGCGGCUUUUGUCUGCGUCACCGUAUUCGAUUUGAUAUAAUUUUACUAUGUUGUAUUUAGCACUGAUUAGUUUUUAGUGUUCAUUUUCCACAACAAAUUCCACACCAUAAAUAUAUGCAUAUUAUAAUACAUAUAUACAGUACAUCAAUAUAUAGUUCAAAUAAAGUAACUUCAUUUAUGUUCAAA